GCAGAGGACUCCCCCUCAAUCCCCACUGUCUUCCCGGUCGCGUACUCCAUGGAUUUGAACGAGCCGAGGAAGAUUGUCUGUGCGGACUGGCUUUAUUUCGGCUGAGUUCGGUGAGAAAGUUAAAUGUUGAGGCAGGAGUCUGGCAAGUCUUGGCAGGAGCCGCGCUUUGCUACUCGCUCAGAGGAAUAUCUCCCCAGGAACGAUGCCAAAAACGCGACGUGGAUUGGUCUUCUCCGAGUGAAAGUGUCGAGAUUGAAGGUGAGAGCGAGAUGCUUUUCCCGUGGAUGGCUACAGGGCACUUGACAAUAUUCUACAAGAAAUAAAUGCUCCGCUGCCAUGUGUCAGGGGGUGGUGUGUCAUAUUCCAUUGUUGAUGGUCCAGUCCAUGCUUUCUGUCCUGCUUCUGGCAUCCAGUGUAGCUCUCACCCUGCUGUCCAACCAAGUCGUCCAAGGCAAAGACCUCUCCCCCCCUUUUCGUUAUCCCACCUUUAUGCAAAAUAUCACUGUAUUUGAGCACUUGGCCUUGCACCCUGACCCAGCUGUUGGCCGGGUCUAUGUUGGUGCCCAAGAUCAUUUGUUUCAGCUGGAUCAGUUCCUCCAGCUUGAAGUCCAGGAGGUGGUUGGACCUGUUAAAGACAGUUGGGAGUGUCUACCUCCUGUCACUGAUGCCAACUGCCCCCAGGCUCGGAUUACCAGCAACCACAAUAAACUUUUGGUGGUAGAUCCGUACUCUAAGGAACUUAUUACCUGUGGGAGUGUAAAUCAAGGUACUUGCCAAAAGCGCAGUUUAGAUUCUUUGGCUGAAGUUCUGUUUUCGGCAGAAAAGCCUGUUGACACCCAAUAUGUUGCUGCUAAUCAUCCAAACGUUAGUACUGUUGGACUAGUGGUUCAGUCUCUUCCUGAAAGGCACCCAGUGCUCUUUGUUGGCCGGGGCUAUACCAGCAGUCAUCCGCCCAUAACCACACGCAACCUUGCUCAGGAACCCAUCUUUUCUUAUGAGGAGUCUGCUAAAUUGGCUGUGGCUGGCCGUCUUUCUGAGUAUGACCACCAUUUUAUCUCCUCGUUUUCCCACCGACAGCAUGUGUACUUCCUCUUUUAUAGACGGGACCUCAAGUCACAGUCCCGUGAGUACCGGUCCUAUAUCUCAAGAGUUUGUGUGGAUGACCAAGCUUACUAUUCCUAUGUGGAAGUGCCCUUGACUUGCCAUUCUAAGGGAGGUAAAAGCUACAAUCUCCUUCAAGCCGUCCACCUUGGGAUUUCUAAGGAAAGAGUUUUCAGUCAAGGCUCUGAAAUUAUUCUUGGAGUUUUUUCCACCCAAUUGACGUCAUCAAGUCGACCGAGUGAGGACUCUGCUCUUUGCAUGUUUUACCUAAAUGAUGUGGACCAAAGGAUUAACUCCACAAGGGACCAGUGCUACACACAAAUGGGUAGAGAUUCAAGAAUGGAGGCAGCUUACAUCGAAUAUGAAGUCAAAUCCAACUGUGCUAACCUUCCAGAGAACACUCUUGAUGCUUACCCUUGUGGCUCUGACCACACACCCAGCCCCAUCGCCAGUCGAAUUCCUGUUGAAGCAGAAACCUUACUAGAUAGUCCAUCUGCCGGCCUAACGGCUGUGGCUGUCAGCAUGAGAGCACAGCACGCCAUCGCUUUUUUGGGCGAUUCCAAGGGACACUUGCACAAGGUGUUUCUCGGUCCAAAUGGUGAAGUGGAGGAGUAUGCUGUCAUACCCAUUCAACGCAACGGACCGAUUAGUUCUGACCUGAUCCUUGACAAGGAGGAGGAGCAUCUCUUUAUUAUGACUCCCACUGUGUUACAGAAAAUACCAGUUGCUGAAUGCAAGCAGCACCAAGACUGUCACUCAUGUCUGCUGGAUCAUGACCCUUACUGUGGGUGGUGUGUCCUCGAGGGAAGGUGUGUUUCCCAGUCUGCUUGCUCUCGUGGUGACCAGCAUCGCCAGUGGCUAUGGAGCUUUGACAUGGAGCAGCAGUGUCCAACCGUACACAACCUCAGUCCAUCCAAUAUCAGCAGAGCAGAACGCAAAACCAUCUCUUUGACUGUGCCAGGUCUCCCAGAAAUAAAAACGGGCGAUUCCUAUUCCUGUUAUUUCCACAACACUCACAGUCCUGCCACAGUCACAGCCUAUGGGGUCACAUGCCAAUCUCCUGAUACCAGUCAACUCCCAAUGGUACCUACUGGACAAGAUUUUGUCACAGUUACCUUGUCUCUACGAUUCGGAGAUGUCUUGGUGACAGCAAAGGAUUUCACCCUGUACGACUGUACUGCUGUGAAGCAGUUGUCUGGGAGCAUGCCAUGCAGCGCAUGCGUUUCAAGUCGCUGGGGUUGUAACUGGUGUGUGCACCAGCACUCAUGUACCCACAAGCCCACAUGUGAUGAUGGUGUGAUCAUCUUCAACCAGCAUUUUAAAUUCCCGUCUGCAGAUCCUACAGCAAAACCCAAAGUUCAUUCAUUUUCGUCUGCUGUCACUUCCUCGCCUUCGUCUGCACACUGGACAACCCUUCCAAUUCCAACAACAGUUGCCCCAAUGAUAAAAACUACAGUACCACUGGUCCCAUUGACUAGCAAGGAGCCAACACCUUCAUUUUCAGCAACUACUCAAUCAGCAGCACCAACUUCUCGGGUGACUGCAACGGCCAGCACCAUGGUGCCCGUCACAUUUCAACUACAAGAUGUGCCCAAUAAAGAGCUCAGUGUAGAAGAUGCAGUUGAUGAAAGGGAAAGUGAAACAAAGCCUCCGACAAUGUCGCCCACUGAAACCACAAAGUCACUGUUGAAUACUGCUGAUGUUCCGGUUAUGAUCUCAACCGCUGACUCAGGGUUUUACGUACAAGAGUUUAUAGUGGAAAAAACAUCCCCCCAAACCCAUGAAACCAAGGGAACUAUUGUGGUGUCAGAUCCCUUUAAUCCAACGUCUUCAUACCUUUCCCUUCCAUCACCUUCAGUGAGUGAGCAGCUGGGCCUACCCUCAUUACCCCAACAAGUUCCCCAGACAGAGUCAUUAAAGCACUGGACAGACGAGUCUACGGUUCUAAUGUCGAAGCAGGAAGAAGACAAUCCUACCGACGUUAAUCCUCCAUUAAGUGACGUGGCCUCUUCUUUAGAGCCUGUCGUGCUUUCAGGUGAUGGCCAGGUUAAAAAUGCUCAAAAUGAUUAUCCACUACUCCGGAACAGUGACUCUGAGCUUGACUACCAAUAUGAUCCAGCUGAUAUGUUUGUCUCGGGGGACGAGGGGUCCUUUGUGAUCUGGGGAUCCUCUGCUUGUCCAUGUGUUGAAAAGGUCCUGGGGUCUUCACUAAUCCCAGUGAGAGCAGAGAGGAAGAUCACUUUGCAGGCACGCAACUUACACCUGUACCAGGAUGAAGAAAUGGACUAUGUGUGUGUCCUGGUCAUAGAAGAUCAGACCGUGGUUGUAGAUGCUUAUGUGGAGAAAGCUGACCUCAACUCUAGCUUUUAUAUCACAUGCCAACUACAUAAGUACACUUACUCGACUCCAGUGGAGGAAUAUCCUGCCACGGUGUAUGUGAAAAGAAGAGACACCUUUCAUGUCGACAGUGCUGCUGAUCUUUAUGUGACCCUCUACAACUGUUCAGUGAGUCGCUCAGACUGCAGUCGCUGCUACACUGCAGACCCCAAAUACAGCUGCGUGUGGUGCGGUGGAGUGAAGGCCAGCUGCUUGUUUUCCGACUCCUGCAAUGAACCAGUGCAAGAGACAUGUCCACCUCCAGUCAUCCAUUUUAUUGAGCCCCUCUCUGGUCUGCUUGAGGGUGGAACUAUGGUAACUAUAUUGGGGUCCAACUUGGGUCAGAGGGUUGAGGACAUCUUCAACUCUGUGUCAGUGGCUGGUGUGCCAUGUGCCGUCAUCAGCGGUCUUUAUGAAGUCUCCUCAAGAAUUGUUUGCAGGACCAGAGCCAGUAGGGAGGAGAAGGUUGGUCGAGUCUCUGUUAAAGUCAGCAGUGGAGAGUAUGGUUUGUCGGCUCAGACCUUCAGCUACCAGGACCCAUUUGUUGUGGGACUGUCACCUGAAAGGGGUCCAAAAGCGGGAGGUACAUUUCUUACCAUAAGUGGACGGAACCUGCUAACUGGACAUCCAUCUGACCUCCGCAUCACUGUGGGAGGUUUGCCGUGCACCAUUGUGUCGGACGUGCUGAGUGCCAGUGUUCAGUGUUUGACAACGAGCAGCAAUAAGACAGGAAAUCACAAAGUCACACUCCACUACGGAGGCACCCAACGCCACCUCCAUGUUUCAAGUUACCACUAUACUCAGAAUCCGAACAUAACCCACGCCCAGCCCCACCGGAGCUUCCUUGAUGGGGGCCGAUUAAUUUAUGUUUCAGGCAACAACCUGGACGUGGUACAAAAGCCACAAAUGACUGUGACAGUCCGCCGAUAUAGAACGAAGAGAAGUGCGGAACUGAAGCUUACAAAAAGUCCUUUGGAGUCUAUGUGUCCUGGUGACCCAAGCUGCUCUCUGAAAAUGUUUAUGGAAGAAUGUGAGGUGAAAUCCUCCUCCUUGAUCUUAUGCCGCUCACCUGUGGUUGACUCUUCUGUUUGGGGAUCUACGGUCACAGUGGAAUUUCUUCUUGAUAAUCUUCGCUUUGAUUUCAACUCAGUGAAUGCCCAUACUUUCAGUUAUGAGCCCAACCCUGUGUUGCGCCCCCUUAACCAGCAGAAUCUGCUGAAGCCGUAUCGCUACAACCCUGGCAGCUUCAUUCAAUUGGAGGGAGAAAACUUGGAUCUUGCCAUCACUAAGGAAGAGGUGGUUGUACUUGUGGGCAAGGGAGUGUGCGCUGUGAAGACACUGACAAGAAACCAUCUGUACUGCGAGCCCCCACGAGUACAGCCAGCAGCAGAAACUAAUGGCAAGAAGCGUGAAGGUCUGGACAACCUGCCCGAGUUCACUGUCCAAAUGGGUAACCUGAACUUCUCCCUUGGCAAAGUCCAAUAUGACAACAUAAGUUUGUCUACAUUCCCCAUUGAAGCCCAAAUUGGACUUGUGGUUGGAGCUUCGAUCGUUGCCCUGAUCGUUCUCAUCAUUGUGCUUAUCUACAGGAGGAAGAGCAAACGGGCGCUGAGGGACUACAAGAAGGUACAGAUUCAGCUUGAAAACUUGGAAACCAGUGUCCGUGAUCGUUGCAAGAAAGAGUUCACAGAUCUUAUGACGGAGAUGAUGGACAUGUCAAGCGAUCUUGUUGGUUCCGGAAUACCCUUCCUGGAUUACCGCAUGUAUGCGGAGCGCAUUUUUUUCCCCGGCCAUCGGGUGUCACCACUAAGACGCGGCCUGGAGGUUCAGGAGUGUCGCAGGCAAACGGUUGAGCAGGGGCUGAUACAGCUGUCCAACCUGCUCAACAGUAAGCUCUUCCUCAUAAAGUUCAUUCACACUCUGGAAAGCCAGCGGACCUUUUCUCCAAGAGACAGAGCAUAUGUGGCUUCCCUGCUGACUGUGGCUCUGCACGGAAAAUUAGAGUAUUUCACGGACAUCCUAAAAACUCUCUUAAGUGAUCUGGUGGAGCAAUACGUGGCCAAAAACCCCAAACUAAUGCUACGCCGAACAGAGACAGUUGUGGAGAAGCUGCUGACCAACUGGAUGUCCAUUUGCCUUUAUGCUUUCCUCAGGGACUCUGCAGGCGAGUCUCUCUACAUGCUGUUCAGGGCCAUUAAGCAUCAAGUGGAUAAAGGACCUGUGGAUGCUGUGACAGGAAAGGCUAAGUACACUCUUAAUGAUAACCGACUGCUGAGAGAGGAUGUGGACUACAAGACUCUGAAUCUGAAUGUACUGGUCCAGGGAGGACCUCUGAAUGAGUCUCAUCCGCUGCCUGCUAAGGUUCUGGACUGUGACACUAUCACCCAAGUGAAAGAGAAGCUACUGGACCAGGUGUACAAAAGCAUCUCCUUCUCUCAUAGACCACACGCCGACUCACUGGACCUUGAGUGGAGAUCCGGUGUGGCGGGACAUCUUGUUCUGUCAGAUGAAGACCUAACGUCAGUAGUCCAGGGCAACUGGAAACGCCUUAACACUCUGCAACACUACAAGGUGCCAGACGGGGCCACAGUGGCCUUGGUCCCCCGUCACUCGAAGCACAUUCACCAUGACAGCCAUGACUACGCUGCAGGAGAAAAAACACCGAUGUUGGAGGAUGCAGAUGAAGGUGGAGUGAGGCUUUGGCAUCUAGUGAAGGCCAGUGAAGAGCCUGAGCUGCCGAAGCAUCGCCGAGGAAGCCUGAGGGAGAGAGAGCGGGCCAAGGCCAUACCUGAGAUUUACUUGACCCGUCUGCUCUCUGUGAAGGGAACCCUGCAGAACUUUGUGGAUGAUCUAUUUACAGUGAUUCUCAGCACCAGUCGCCCUGUGCCUCUAGCAGUCAAGUACUUUUUUGACUUACUGGAUGAGCAGGCAGUUCACCAUGGCAUCUCUGACCCUGAGACGAUACACAUUUGGAAAACCAAUAGCCUUCCUUUGCGCUUUUGGAUCAACGUGGUGAAGAACCCUCAGUUCAUAUUUGACGUCCAGAUGUUAGACCAUGUCGAUGCUGUGCUGUCUGUCAUCGCCCAGACCUUCAUGGAUUCCUGCACCAUUGCUGAGCACAAGCUGGGGAGGGAUUCACCGAUCAAUAAGUUGUUGUAUGCAAGAGAUAUUCCACGUUACCGGCAGAUGGUGGAGAGUUACUAUGCUGACAUCCGACAAACCAUCUCAGCCAGUGACCAGGAAAUGAACUCUGCUCUGGCUGAACUGUCACGGAACUACUCUGGAGAGCUGAACUACCUAGUUGCACUGCACGAGCUCUACAAGUACAUUAACAAAUACUACGACCAGAUCAUUACAGCGCUUGAGGAAGACUCCACAGCCCAGAAGAUGCAGCUUGGCUACAGGCUGCAGCAAAUUGCUGCAUCCGUUGAGAAUAAAGUGACAGACUUGUGACAGAGUUCACCCCCCAGCUUGGACUAGUAGGGAACUAAUGUGUGGAAAGUCAGAUAUUGAGGGGGGCUGGAAUAUUUAGUCCAAUCUCUCACCCGAUUUUUCUAAUAGUGUGACAAAAUGAUGAGCAAUAUCACUGUUGUGUUCGCUGUUAUUGUCCUUUUUUUUGGGCGUCUCAUGAAAGGGUGGUCCUCCAUAUGACUCCCCCAUUUUGCUGUUCCUUGUGGAGCCAGAAGGAUUAUCAAACAUGAACCAUCAUCGUUCUUCAGUUUAAAAAUCCAUAUCAUUUCAUUUCUUUCACCACUUUGUGCGAGUGUAUAUUGUUUUCUGCUCAGAUUGAGGAGCUGCUUUCACGACGAGUGACAUUCUACUACUGACCUACGACAUUUGACGUCUUUUGCUGAUAGUUUGUGACACUGCUGCACACACCCAACCUCGCUGUCCUCACAUGUGUCGUGCUGGUGUGUUUAACUAGUCUCUUUGCUGAUUAACAAGAGGGAAAUCUGUACUCUGUAAUGCUUUUAACUGUAACUGGGAUUUUAAAAUCAAGACAAAUCCCAAUCCCUGAUGCGCAUCGGUGCAUCUGUGCCAGUACCUAACUGUUAUUGACAGUGUGUAGCAAGUAACUGUUGUAGCUUGUGGGAAAAUAAUGUUAGAGCACAGGCUCCGCUUGGAGCACUUUAUAAGAUGUUUAUAAUUUUAAAAAUGAAUACCGUUGUACAGGUUUUUAAUAUCACUUGUGAUUUGUCCUGGUGACCUGGAAUUCUCUACAAGCUGAGGCAAUACAAAUA